AUGGGGCCGGCGUGCGCGGCGCUGGAGGCGGCUCUCCUCAGUGGAGAGGAUGUGGCUGCGUCCGGUCACCGGGACGCUCCCCUGGGCAGCUUCCCCCACCCAGCCGGGACUCCGCAGGCGGCUGGUACCACUGAGAACUGCAACAACCAUGUGCUAUGCCCAGCAAACGCCAAGUGUGUGAACAACACCCACUGCACCUGCCUGGAUGGAUUCCAGUCACAUGGGAAUCGCUUCUUCACCGACCCAACGGAGAUCUGUGACGAUAUUAACGAGUGUCUGGGGCCGAGCCCGCCAGACUGUGGACGCAACGCAUACUGCGCCAACAUGGCUGGGAGUUACUACUGCACCUGCAGCGAUGGCUACGAGCCCAGCCCUGGGAAAGCCAACUUCACACACGCGAGUGAGAACACCUGCCAGGAUAUUGACGAGUGUCAGGGCCCGAGCCCGGCAGACUGUGGACCCCACGCAAACUGCACCAAUGCGCCUGGGAAUUACUCCUGCACCUGCAUCGAUGGCUACGAGCCCAGCUCUGGGAAAGCCAACUUCACUCACGCGAGUGAGAACACCUGCCAGGAUAUGGAUGAGUGUCUGGAACUGGCUGGAGUAAACUGUGGACCCCACACAAACUGCACCAACAUGGCUGGGAGUUACUACUGCACCUGCAGUGAUGGCUACGAGGCCAGCUCUGGGAAAGCCAACUUCACGCACACGAGUGAGAGCACCUGCCAGGACAUUGACGAGUGCCAGCGAAACACCACAAUCUGUGAGCCCCACGGGAACUGCAUCAACAUGCCAGGGAGUUACAUGUGUAAAUGCAGUUGGGGAUUUGGGAAGAGUCAUAAGGAUACGUCUAAGAUCUGCACAGACAUCGAUGAGUGCAAGAAGACCCCAGAUAUCUGCAGCCCCAACGCCACGUGUGUCAACACCCCCGGAAGCUACUGGUGUGAGUGCCGGGCCGGCUACGUCCCCUCCAACAGAAACACGACCCUGUGCCAAGAGCUCACCUGCCCCCCGCUGCUGGAUGAUGACAACUCUGCCGGAACCAAGAACCUCCUGGGCAGCUUCCAGGCACAGGUGGGACGUCUCUGCAAGAAUGUGCUGGAGGAGCUGAAGCAGAUGAACUCUCAGAACGCCAAAGAGAAGCUGCAGGUGCCAAGCCAAAAUUCGGGGCCUUGCUGGGUUUGUUCCCGUUAGGGGGAGGAAUCGCUGC